GAAAAGUGCGUGCGUCUAUAUAUAUAUAUAGACACACACUUGGUGUUGGGGUUUUGUGGGGGGGGGGAGUUCGGUUGCCUGUCCUUUAGGGAAGGCAAAUCGACUGAUAGGAGUUCUGUUAAUUGACUCCUCUGGCAAUUCAGGGCCCCUCUUCCCCUUAAGGAGGAAAGUUUCUUCCCCAGUUUUUAUUAGUGACAGUCCGUUAGUUAAUCCCCAUUCGCAACUCUUUCUUUUUUUUGGGGGGGGGUGACAUUUAUUUCCCCCCACCCCGUUCUUAAAAGAGUGAGAUUGGGGAAGAAGUUGUAGGGAACUCUUGGGUGACAGCCAGUGACCCUUCUUGAGGAAAGAUCCUUCUCCCCCACCCUAAUUUUUAAGUUGAAUCCCAUGAGGAAUUGAACCCCCUUUUCCGUUGGGGAGGAGUGAUCCUGAGUUGAAAGGAUACUUGCCUCUCUUUUUUGUGUGGACGGGUUAGCGAUUCCUCCUGUUAGAAAUUGUGACGGGGAAUUAAGUCAAAGAGUAUUACAUUAAGCAGAGGUGUCUCCCUUAAUCGACUUCUCUCUUCCCCCUCCCCUUUCCCCCCAAUUUAGAAACUCUUCUGAGAAGGGAAGACCCUUACCUCUUCUUCCCUUGUGGUGGUGUUAUUUUUUCGCUUCUGUUGCCCCUUCUGUUAGGGUCAGAUUUUCUCUUCCUCACCCCACUUGCCUUUGCAGAGAGCUAUCACCCUUUAAGUAGCCCUCAUUAAUUGCCUCCCAGUCCCAAUUGGCACUUGUUUUUCUUUUAGCGCCUAAGUUCUCUCUGGCUGAGAAGGGACCAGGUACUUUCUGCCCCUUAACAUUUUUUGAAUGCGUGGGAGACUAGGCAUCUCCCAUACUACAGAUUUCCCUUCCACCCCUUCUCCUGUAGAGAGAGGAGGCUCCACAUAAGGACUCCCUAAUUUUGUGGGUGCCAAUAUUGUGAAGAGGAAGAUACUUGGGGAUUAUUGAAGCUCUAUUUUCUCUCCCCCCCCCAAGUUAAUAUUCUCCCCACCUGUUUGACAGGCAGCUUGGUCUCUUGUGGGAACGGUACAAUUACCUGUCAAGGGAAAAUCUCCCAAUUCCUUUUCCCCCCCCUUUUCCCAACUCAUGUGCCAAGGAUAAUUUCCCCUUGACUCCCUGGGCUUGUGCACAUCACAUUGCAUUUCCUUAUUUAGAUCGGAAGGCCACAUAAACAGAACGGUGUGUGUGUGUGUCUGUCCAGAAAGGGACUUAAUUACUCUCAGCAAGAUCGGUCAGGAGUCUGGCACUAAUGGGAUCAAUCUGUUCUGAGUGAUGCCUUCAAAAGCCUGGCGUUGCUGCAGAAUAGCUUGAAGGUAGAGGGGUUCCCCCAAAGCAGAAUAAGGCUUCCCCUCUUUUUUCAAGACAGUUGCUUAAGCUGGAUGAAUUGUGUAAGCUUAAACUUGCGUCAGGAGAGCUUGCUCAAGCACCAUCCCCUCCCCCCCCCUCUCUUUUUUUGUGGGUGCUUAGUUCUGGGAGACUUGAAUAGGGUUUGAGCUGCCUGCCUGCCUGCCUGCCUUAAUACCUGAAGCAGUGGGGUGACACAUCAUGUGUCAAGUAGACCCCAAGUGGUUGAAGGAUGCCCCUGGUAGUACCUACUAGACACGGAAGGCCUCAAUCCUUUGUCAAGGGCGGAAGAGAAGCAGUUGAAAUCAGUAUUGAAAACUCCUUUAAAAAGACUUGGUUCCAGCUUCCGAACGGCUGAGAGGACUCUCAUCGGAGGUCGUACCUGGGUGGCGAGAGUGGUCAAAGCCGAGGGGUGGGUUUGGGCUCCUUGAUUCUUCACCCCACAGUUUGGAAACAGGAGCUGCCAUGCCUUGCUAGCGAUGGAACACCCUCCGAGAGACUAGCUUUCUGUUUCCAAACGCAGGAAGUAUUCUUGAAGAUGACUUAGGUCCUCAAGGAAGGGGGGGGAAUACCUUGGACUUCCUCAGGAGAACAUUACCUGAUGUGAAAGACUUGGAGCAGCAAAAACGAGAUUUUUUUUUUUUUAAAGAGAAGUUAAAGCUGACUGUAAAUCAACUUUGUUGCUUUCCCCAAUCCACAUUGCUUAAGAAAAGCUCUAUAAGUAUUGGAACGAGGUGCUGGAUCUCUGUAGGGCCCUCGUGGGCUCGAGAGAAAAGUUCUCAUAGGCUUUUAUUUUUCAUUUGUAAGUUAAAACGUUUGUACAAUCUUUUUGGGAAUUCUCGAUUUACCUCCGCUGAACAUCCUUCUUCCCCACCCCCCAAAAAUUGGGAGUAAAAAGGGAGCAUCCGAUACACCAGGAAAGUGGAUUUUUAAACCUUUGGCGUGCGCACACACUUGUCGUCGUGGAACGCAAACAGGCUUGGGUCAUUUCGAUUCGCGAUGGAGGACUCCCAGCAGCUGGGGAUGUUUGUCGAAAGCGAACUGAUCUCGGUGGGCAUGGAUACUUUCAUCCACCGCAUAGACUCUACGGAAGUGAUCUACCAGCCCCGCCGGAAAAGGGCGAAGCUCAUAGGCAAGUACCUGAUGGGGGACCUGCUUGGGGAAGGAUCCUAUGGCAAGGUCAAGGAGAUGCUGGACUCCGAAACCCUCUGUAGGAGAGCAGUCAAGAUCCUGAAGAAGAAGAAGCUACGGAGGAUCCCCAACGGGGAGGCCAAUGUUAAAAAGGAAAUUCAGCUCCUUCGGCGGCUGCGGCACAAGAACGUCAUCCAGCUGGUUGACGUCUUGUACAACGAAGAGAAGCAGAAGAUGUAUAUGGUGAUGGAAUACUGCGUGUGUGGGAUGCAGGAGAUGUUGGACAGCGUCCCCGACAAAAAGUUCCCCGUCUUUCAAGCGCAUGGGUACUUCUGCCAGCUUAUCGACGGCUUAGAAUACCUGCACAGCCAAGGGAUUGUCCACAAGGAUAUCAAACCAGGAAACCUCCUGCUCACGACCAAUGGGACGCUGAAGAUUUCGGAUCUGGGCGUGGCAGAGGCGUUGCACCCGUUUGCAGAGGACGACAUGUGCCGAACGAGCCAGGGCUCGCCGGCUUUUCAGCCCCCGGAAAUCGCCAACGGCCUGGACACCUUCUCCGGCUUCAAAGUGGACAUCUGGUCGGCUGGCGUCACGCUAUACAACAUUACGACUGGCCUUUAUCUUGAGGGCGAUAAUAUUUAUAAGUUAUUUGAAAACAUUGGGAAAGGGGAGUACACGAUUCCUGAGGACUGCGGCCCUUUGCUUUCAGAUCUGCUUAGAGGAAUGCUUGAAUACGAACCAGCCAAGAGGUUUUCGAUACAACAGAUAAGACACCACAACUGGUUUCGGAAAAAGCACGCGCAGGCCGACCCUCUGGUCCCCAUCCCGCCCAGCCCGGAGACGAAGGACCGAUGGCGGAGUAUGACGGUGGUGCCUUACCUUGAAGACCUGCACGGCUACAACGAAGAGGAGGACGACGACGACUUGAAAGAUGACUACUUGGAGGACGAGAUCAUCUACACUCAGGACUUCACCGUGCCAGGACAGGUGCCUGAGGAGGAAGCGAGGCAGAACGGGCAGAGCCGCUGCAGCCGGGGCCUCCCCAAGCCGGUCUGCAUGAACGGGACGGAGCCAGCCCAGCUCGGCGGGAAGACGAAGGCCGAGCGGAGGGCCAGCGCCUCGUCCAACCCUUCGCGCAAAGCCUCGUCUUCCACCAGCAGCAAGAUUCGGAAGCUCUCCACCUGCAAGCAGCAGUGACGGCCGGAGCAUCGCCCACCGCAGCCAGAGCCCCGAAUUACUGCGCUUGGCGGCCGCCGUAUCCCCUCCUCGGCUCUCUGUGCAUCUCCCCCCCCCCCCGCCGUUCCCUUGCCCGCCCCCCAGGCCGGCAUCCCUGGUAGCCGACCCCCGUAGACCCCCGCUUGCAAUCCAAGAGAGAGAGAGCCAAGAAACAGGAAGAGAAACACCUUUUUGUAAAGAAAAUAAAAGACGCAAUCUUCUUUAUUUGGGGAGGGGGGCAGAAGAAGAAGACACCCGACGCCGAUUCAGCAAAUCCUGCUUUUUUUAGACUGAGAAGAAGAAAAAGCCUGGCUGUGCUUCACCUCCCGAAAUCCUGUCUUGUGUGGCCGUCCGGAUUCCCAGGACUUGUUGGGGGGGGUGGGUUUGAAGUGGGAGGGGGCUGCUCCUGGUUGGUGGGGAGGGGGGCUUUUUGAGAUGGGGGGGCGAGUUCCCUCCAGGACUUGGCACAUCUCGCCUCCCGCCACUCCUCCUCGUGUUAGAAUUUUUGAAAGCCAUCGACACGCACUUUAUGUAGUAGACUACUGUUAUAUAAUAUAUAUAUUAUAUA